GUCCUCGGGUCCGCGGUGUGUGCCCUUUUCCUCCCUGCAGCCUCACAAACGUCUCUUUAAGCUAGCAUGUUAUAGUUACCUGCCCAGGCUUGGACUUCGUAUGGGAGGAAGCCCAGGUGCACAGGCCUUAUUCCGCGCGACUCCAGAGGCGCAACAGGUGUCCUAUCGAUACAGGGUGUUCUGUGCAGCGGUUCUUCAUCCACAAGAUGUCAGCUGAGGUCUUGCAGCGGCUCAGCACCAUAACACUGAGCGUCAAGCACCUACAUCGCCUCCCUCACCUCUCAGACCUCCUGUCUUUCUCCAUACCUUCACCCAGCCCCACUGUCACUGCCUCCCAGGUACCCAGGCUGUUCCGGGAACCCUACAUCUUGUCGGGAUACCGUCCUGUCCGGCAAGACUGGCGCUGUUACCUCCUCAGCCUCUUUCAGAAACAUAAUGAAUCCCUGAAUGUGUGGACCCACUUGCUGGCUGCUCCUGUGCUGCUGCUCUGCUGGUGGACCAAUGUAGGCACCCUGGGGUACACCUUGGACAAAGCCUUUCUACCUCUGUUUCUCUUCCUGGUGUCGUCUCUCAUGUAUCUGUGUCUCAGUGUAGCAGCUCAUCUCUUGCAGUCUCACUCUGAACACGCACACUACUUCUUCUUCUUCUUGGACUAUGUGGGUGUAGCCAUGUAUCAGUAUGGGUGCUCGCUUGGCCAUUAUUUCUACGCAUCUGAGCCAACGUGGAGAGAAAGCAUCGGGUUGAUGUUUCUGCCUGGUGCCGCCUUCUUUGGUUGGCUCUCCUGUGCCGGUUGCUGUUUUGCCAAGUCCAGGUACAGGCGGCCAUAUCCACCUCAGCGUAAAAUCUGCCAGCUGAUCCCUACCAGCCUCGCCUACGUGCUGGAUAUCAGCCCCAUAGCCCACCGCCUGCUCACUGUCUCGUGGUCACAGGAGCCUUCACUGCCUUUUCACGCCCUCCAGAUUGUCUGCUUCCUCUUGUCUGCCAUCUUCUUCUCUUGUCCCAUCCCUGAGUGCUUCUUUCCAGGCCACUGUGACUUUAUGGGCCAGGGUCACCAAAUCUUCCACCUGCUUCUGUCCCUGUGCACUGUAUGCCAGCUGGAGGCUCUGUUCCAGGACUAUGCCCGGCGGAGGGAUACAGUGGUGGAGUUAUUUGGAGAGAGGCAGCUGUGGUGGGCGUGCGUAUCCUUCCUCACCCUGUUCGUAUGCUGCAUCCUGACUGCGCUAAUCACAAUGAGACACAUGGGCGAGGAACUACAGAGUAAAGAAGAGGAAGACAAGUGAGAGCGCAAAAAAGAAAAGGGAUGGGUUUAAAUGACCCAAUCAUAAUAGUUUUAAUAUUAAAAUA